ACCCUUUCAGCCAAUUUACUUAUAAAAAUGUCUGCCGACUCCUCCUUCGAAUUUGAGACAAAAAUAGGCAUAGAAUCGGAAGAGAAAAUUGAAAAAUCUGACAACAGUCACGAUUCUAGUUUAGAAGCUAUCGCUUCCGGAUGUUCUUCCGCCUUAAACGAAAUUAAUAAUCUUGCAUUGUCCCCACAGGAAGAGGUUGAGGAGGGAAAUAAUAAUAAUAAAUCUCCUUCACCGCCCCCAAAUGUGGAGAAAACUGAGGAUGAAGAAAACGAGACUCCAAUCAAUUUUCGAGGACGUGUUGCAUAUCCAUCCAAAUGGCUUUCAACUGUUUCUGCUUGUCAAUAUUUACCCGAGGAACAAAUGAUUACUACAUGCCAAAUUUUGAUAAAUCGACUUCUUCGCGUUCCAAACAUUGUUUCUGUUAAAUCGCCAGCUACAAUUUGUGGGGACAUUCAUGGACAAUUUUAUGACCUAAUGAAGCUUUUCAAAUGUGGAGGAUCCAUUUUAGAGACUAAUUAUGUUUUUCUUGGAGAUUAUGUUGACAGGGGUUAUUACAGCCUAGAAACCGUCACCUAUUUAUUCCUUUUGUUACUUAAACAUCCAGAACGGAUUACUCUUCUUCGCGGCAAUCACGAAACUCGAAGAGUUUCCCACCAAUAUGGUUUUUAUGACGAAUGUCAACAGAAAUACGGCAAUUCUGUUGUUUGGACCUGGUUUUGUCGUGUUUUUGAUGUCCUCCCAAUUUGUGCAUUAAUUGAUGACCAAAUAUUUUGUGUUCAUGGAGGGCUUAGUCCAGAAUUGCCUACUUUAGACGCUAUAAUGUGCUUGCAGAGAAGUGUUGAAGUUCCGGCAAAUGGGGCGCUUUGUGAUUUGUUAUUUGGCCGCGAUGUUGUAGAAAAAUUUCUUGAAGUUAACGGCCUUUCACUUAUUUGCCGGUCACACCAACUUGUACAGGAAGGCUUUAAAUAUAUUUUUGACGAUGUUUUGUGCACUGUUUGGUCUGCCCCCAAUUAUUGCUAUCGUUGUGGUAACCUAGCUUCUGUCUUAAAAAUUCAUGGCCCUAGUGGAGAUCGAGAAACUAUAUAUUUUAGUGAGGUAGAAGAAUCAGAAAGGAAACGACCUGAACGUGUUACUGUACCCUAUUUUUUGUAA